AUGAGUCAACAGCAAUCGCCGUCAGUAUUGAAGGCAGCCGGCAGCGGUGGUGAAGAGCCUCUGCUCUUUACGCCACUGCAAAUCGGCAAUGUGCACCUUCGAAAUCGAAUCGUCAUUUCGCCAAUGUGCAUGUACUCCGCCGUAGAGGGACACGUCAACGAGUGGCACCUCGUCCACCUGGGCGCGAGGGCCAUCGGCGGCGCCGGAGUAGUGAUGAUGGAGGCGACCGGCGUAGAGAGACGAGGUCGCAUAUCACCAGGCUGCCCCGGUCUCUGGAGUGACGAGCAGAUUGAGCCGAUGAGAAGGGUGACAGCAUUUGUGAAGGCACAGGGCGCAGUGCCGGCCAUUCAGCUGGCGCACUCGGGUCGAAAGGGCUCCACUGUGCCACCCUGGGUGCACCGCAACCAGGCACUCCCACCGGAGGAGGCCUGGCCGACCGUCGCUCCAAGCCCUAUUGCGUACGGCGGUGGCAAUGAGCAGGUGCCGAAGGAAGCGACACUGGACGACAUCAAAGGCUUCAUAACCUCCUUCAGCAGUGCCGCCAAACGUGCCGUCAAAGCGGGCUUCGAGAUAAUCGAGCUGCACUUUGCGCACGGCUAUCUGGUGCAGACAUUUCUCUCUUCAUUAUCCAACCAGCGGACUGAUCAGUACGGAGGCAGCUUUGAAAAUCGAAUUCGCCUUGCCCUGGAGAUUGUGAAAUCCGUGAAGGAGGCGCUGCCAACCGGGUUUCCCCUCUUUGUGCGCAUCUCCGCCGACGACAACAUGCCCAAUGGUGAGGGCUGGAACUUGUCGGAGUCGAUUGAGCUGGCGAAGCGCCUCAAAGACGCCGGUGUGCACCUAGUGGACGUCAGCACCGGGCUGAACUCGUGGAAGGCCAAGACGUGGUUUGAGAAGAGCUCCAUUGAUCAGGUGAAAAUGGCCGCCACUAUUCAGCGAGAGUCAGGCAUUGCCACCGGAGCCGUCGGCGGCAUUGUCAGUGCGCAGUACGCCGAGAAGGUGCUGCGAACGAAGCAGGCGACGUUGAUCUUCAUUGGUCGUGUCUCGCUGGAAGAUCCGCACUGGCCGAUUCAUGCCGCCUUUGAGUUGAAUGCCUCCACGGCGUACGAACUGCCCAAGCA